GUAACCAUUCCCCCCUCCGCCAGUUAUUUCCAACUCGUGCUCAGGGCAGCAGACACUAAGUAUACCGGUGGUGACAGUCGUGUUGUUUUCUUCUCCAGCCUACGCUAAGUUUACAGCCUUUGAAGCUUUUACCAGCUGUCUAUCAACAUGGAUAAGCCAAUCUGCUUGAUUGAAAACAAUACCUCUGGGGAUCUACAGGUGAACCUGGAAGCUUUGAAUAUCCUAUCAGAAAUACGACAACCUGUGGUCGUGAUAGCUAUUGUGGGGCUGUACCGGACUGGAAAGUCAUAUCUGAUGAACAAACUGGCUGGGAAACAGAGAGGCUUUUCUUUGGGUUCGACUGUAGAGUCACACACCAAAGGGAUCUGGAUGUGGUGUGUUCCACACCCCAAAAAACAGGACCACACUCUUGUUUUGUUAGACACAGAGGGACUCGGAGAUGUGCAGAAGGGUGAUGUGAAAAAUGACUGCUGGAUUUUUGCCCUGGCUGUCUUGUUGAGCAGCACAUUUGUAUACAACAGUAUGGGCACUAUUGACCAAAAUGCCUUGGAUCAACUGUAUUUGGUUACUGAGUUAACAGAACUCAUAAAAGUGAAAUCUUGUGAACAUGAAAUCGAUGAUGAUUCUUGUCAUUUUGCUCGAUUCUUCCCUGCAUUUGUCUGGAGUGUGCGUGAUUUUACUCUGGAGCUGAAAGUCAAUGGGAGCCCCAUAACUGAAGAUGAGUACCUGGAACAUGCCCUCACUUUAAAGCCAGGUUGCAGUAAAAAGAUCCAAAAUUACAACUUUCCUAGGGAGUGUAUAAGAAAUUAUUUUCCUAGUCGGAAGUGCUUUGCCUUUGAACGUCCUGUUGCCAGUGCAGACAAACUGAGGAUAAUAGAAACACUUAAUGAGGAUGAACUUGAACCACCAUUUCUGGAGAAGACACAGAAAUUUUGUCAACACAUCUUUGAGACUGCAAGAACCAAAACUUUACAGGGUGGCCAUAUUGUGUCAGGGACAUUGCUAGGUAAUUUGGCUAAAACUUAUGUGGAUACAAUCUGUAGUGGUGCGAUCCCAUGCAUGGAGAAUGCAGUUACUGCACUUGCACAGAUUGAAAAUUCUGCAGCAGUGAAGCAAGGCCAUGAACACUACAUGAAGGAGAUCGAAAGACGGACAAAGUUCCCAACAGCAACAGCUGAGGAGUUUUCAGAUGUGCAUACAGCUUGUGAGAAGGAGGCUAUUCAAAUUUUUAUAAACCGGUCUUUUAAGGAUGAUGACCGGAAAUGCCAGGGGGAGCUUAUGCGUGUUAUACACCUGAGCUAUGAGCAGUUCCAUCAGCGAAAUGAGCAGGAAUCUGCCAACUUGUGCACUCAAGUAAUUAUUGAUGUUUCCCGGUCACUGGAAGAGCAAAUUACUGCUGGUUAUUAUUCCAGACCGGGAGGAUACCAAUGCUUCAUAGAGGAUCAAAAGAGAGUGGUAGCUGAUUACAAGGCCUUCCCUGGAAAAGGAAUAAAGGCUGAUGAAAUUCUCAACAAUUUUCUGAACGGUAAAGAAGCAGUUGCACAAGCAAUUCUACAAACUGAUAAAACUCUCUUAGAAAAAAAUAAGGAGAUUGAAGCUGAACGAGUGAAAAAAGAGGCUAUAGAGCGGGAUAUGGUAGUCAUGAAACAGAAAGAAGAAGCUUUACAACAAAAUAUUUUGGCUCAACAGAGGAGCUAUGAGGAGAAUAUCCAACAACUGAAGAUAAAGAUGGAAGAAGAUAGGAUAAAACUGCUGGAAGAGCAGGAAAGAGUUAUGGAUUCAAAACUAAAGGAACAGAAUGCCCUACAGGAAAAGAAUUUCUUGGAAAAAGCUAAUAGAAUGAAUGCAGAGAUUGAGAAUCUUCGGCAAGAAAAAGCAAAGACUGAAUCACAGUCAUGGGUUUCAGCAGCAUUGGAAACUGUGGGAACUAUUGCCACAGUUGCACUACCAGGAUGGGGAAAGCUUGCUGGAGUUGCCCCAUUAAUACUUUCAAAAUUUGUGAGAAACUGAAUAUUUGCACUGCCUAGUUUACAUUUCCUGUUAGUAUACCACAUAUCUCUGAUAUUGCUUUAGAUAUGCUGUCCCUUCUAAACUGUUGUAACAGGGCACUGUUUUAGAACAUUUAGAAAUAACAAAUAAUUGCGUUACUUGUUUUAUGUGUUAUAAGUUUCUCCAGAAAAUACGAACUCAGUUUGUAAACUGCUCAUUUGCAAAUGACCAAGUUGUAAGUAAAAGUGGAUCAUUAAUGAUAGGAUAGUUAAACAGUAGAUUAAUAUUUUUUUCUAAAUGUCAGUCUACAAGUUCUGAACUGCUAUCACUCAGUAAAUAUUGCAGUGUGUGCAAUUUAAGUCCCUGAAAACAUAAUAUGCAUAUGAGGUGCACAUAAAGGAUCGAGUGUGGCAUGUGGAAAGGGACAUUUGAAAACAAUACAGAAUACAUUAAUAAACAAUACAGACAUAGAGUAACAUUGUAGAGUGUCAUUUGAUUCAGAGGAAAUAAUUUAGUUUUAAUAAGCAGUGGGAAAAGGGUUGCAUAUCACGGUGGAUGGGAGAGAAGUACCAUUAUCUGACAGAAGGGGUAGCAGGAAGCAGGGCUUGUCCUAGUGCUUCUUUUUGAUGGGAUUAAGGACCAAGAAAGGCAUAAUAGUAUCAACAAGAGUGCCAGGAAAAAGAAUAAGUUGGCUUACCAAGGAGGGAAAUAUAAAGGAUAAAGCCGAGAUAAAGAACUAGUAUAUCAUUGAAUAGUAGGGGACGCUCCCUGAACCAAAGCUAAAACAGCAAGGUAGGAUCUAAAAUGGGGAGGCUGCCCAUAGGGGGCAGAAAGAGAAAGAGAAUCUAGAAUAAAUAAUGCUUUGGU